UUCCGGAAUAUAUGCAGAAUUUGCCAAAAUGGCGUGGCAGCCAGAAGAAUCGGGACUCCGGCAAAUAUUACAGUUGUUGAAAGAGUCGCAGUCCCCUGAUACGGCAACUCAAAGGGCUGUACAACAAAAAUUAGAAGAAUUAAAUCGUUAUCCAGAUUUCAACAACUACCUGAUUUUUGUACUAACCACACUGAAAACCGAAGAUGAUCCAACCAGAUCUUUAAGUGGAUUGAUUUUGAAAAACAAUGUUCGUGCUCAUUUUGAAAAAUUUCCAACAGAAGUAACCUCAUUUAUAAAACAAGAAUGUCUGAACAGUAUUGGGGAUCCUUCGCCAUUGAUCCGGGCAACUAUAGGCAUUCUCGUUACUACUGUUGUUGCAAAAGGAGAACUAAGGAACUGGCCAGAAUUACUCCCUACUCUCUGUCAAUGUUUGGAUUCGGAAGAUUAUAAUAUAUGUGAGGGAGCUUUUGGAGCUCUACAGAAGAUCUGUGAAGAUUCUGCUGAAUGUUUGGACAAUGAUGUUGUUAAUCGACCUCUGAAUAUUCUUAUUCCUAAAUUUCUUCAAUUUUUUCGCCAUCAAAGCCCUAAAAUAAGGUCUCAUGCUAUAGCUUGUGUAAAUCAGUUUAUUAUUAGUCGUACUCAAGCCUUGAUGAUUCAUAUUGAUACAUUCAUUGAGAAUCUGUUUUUCCUGGCUACUGACGAAGAUACCGAUGUUCGUAAAAAUGUUUGUCGAGCUCUGGUUAUGCUGGUUGAAGUUCGCAUGGAUAGGCUCAUGCCACAUAUCAAUAAUAUUAUCGAGUAUAUGUUACUAAGAACUCAAGAUAACGAUGAUGGUGUAGCAUUGGAGGCGUGUGAAUUCUGGUUAUCACUAGCAGAACAGGCCAUUUGUAAAGAAGUUUUAUCACCUCAUAUAGAAAGAUUGAUACCUAUUCUGGUUAAAGGAAUGAAGUAUUCAGAGAUAGAUAUUAUUCUACUGAAGGGUGAUGUGGAAGAAGAUGAAAUGAUACCAGAUAAAGAAUCGGACAUAAAACCACGAUUUCAUAAAUCUAAAACCCACAGUCAAAAACGUCAAGAGGAUGCGGAUGAGGAUGGCGAGUCCGAGGAAGGGUAUGAUGACGAUGAUAGUUUGUCAGAUUGGAACCUUCGUAAAUGUUCUGCAGCAGCUUUAGAUGUAUUAGCCAAUGUUUUUCAUGAAGGCGUUCUGCCGAUUCUUCUUCCUAUUCUAAAAGAAACAUUGUUUCACGAGGAAUGGGAAAUCAAAGAAUCUGGCAUACUGGUUCUCGGAGCCAUUGCAGAGGGCUGUAUGGCGGGAAUGAUGCCCCACCUGCCAGAACUCAUCCCUUACCUGAUUGGCUGUUUGUCUGAUAAGAAGGCCUUGGUUCGUUCAAUCACAUGCUGGACAUUGAGUCGAUAUGCACAUUGGGUUGUUGGUCAGCCACAUGAACAGUAUCUUAAACCUUUGAUGACUGAGUUGUUGAAGAGAGUAUUAGAUGGCAACAAACGGGUUCAGGAGGCCGCAUGUUCUGCAUUCGCCACAUUAGAAGAGGAGGCUUGUACGGAAUUGGUUCCCUAUCUUUCGUUUAUUCUAGAAACAUUGGUUUAUGCUUUCAGUAAAUACCAGCACAAGAACUUGUUAAUUUUGUACGAUGCUAUUGGAACACUAGCCGACUCAGUCGGCCAUCAUUUGAACAAGGAGGAAUAUGUUAAAAUGUUGAUGCCACCGUUAAUCAAUAAAUGGAAUAUGUUGAAAGAUGAAGAUAAAGAUCUUUUUCCACUACUUGAGUGUCUUUCAAGUGUCGCUACAGCUCUACAAUCUGGUUUCUUACCCUACUGUGAACCUGUCUACAGACGAUGUGUGUCUCUCGUAGAACAAACUCUCAAUCAAAACUAUGCUAAUCUACAACAACCGGAACAGUAUGAUCCACCAGAUAAGGAUUUCAUGAUUGUUGCCCUUGAUUUAUUGAGUGGACUAGCGGAAGGUUUAGAGGGAAAUAUUGAAGCUCUUGUUGCUAAUAGCGCCAUUUUGAAACUUCUCUUCCAGUGUAUGCAGGAUAUGAUGCCUGAAGUUCGACAGAGUUCAUUUGCACUGUUAGGAGAUUUAACCAAAGCUUGUUUUCAACAUGUCAAAGCUUGUAUAGGUGACUUUAUGCCAAUUUUGGGUGCAAAUUUAAAUCCUGAAUUUAUUUCUGUAUGUAAUAAUGCCACUUGGGCAAUUGGUGAAAUAUCUCUUAAAAUGGGAGCCGAAAUGGAACCUUAUGUUAAGUUGGUCAUAACGCCAUUAAUCGAUAUAAUAAACCGACCCAACACUCCUAAAACAUUACUAGAAAAUACAGCCAUUACAAUUGGUCGAAUUGGUUUAGUGUGUGCACAGGAAGUGGCUCCCUUACUUCAACAGUUCAUAAGACAAUGGUGUACUUCAUUGAGAAAUAUACGAGAUAAUGAGGAAAAAGAUUCUGCUUUUCGUGGCGUCUGUCUCAUGAUCAGUGCUAAUCCCGGCGGUGUCGUACAGGAUUUCAUCUUUUUCUGUGAUGCCGUCGCUUCAUGGGUUCACCCUAAACAAGACCUAAAAGAAAUGUUUUACAAGAUUCUCCAUGGUUUCAAGAAUCAAGUUGGAGAUGAAAAUUGGGAGAAGUUCUCAGAUCAAUUUCCUCAACCACUUCGUGAGCGUCUAGCUGUCAACUAUGGGGUCUGAUUCGUCUACAUCCAUAAAUUGGGGCAAAAAAAAAAUUCGGGAUGGUGCUCUUAUCGCGCGUUGAGCAUCUUCGGGGCCGCGUAGGGGUUGGCGAGGGAGGGCCGACUCAGAGGGGGGUCCUAGCAGCACUCGGUCACCACCAGCAACACAAAGUGACCAGCUGUUACAAGCACGGGUAAUCUUCGGGUGGGUCGCGAAUGGGUAGGGUUCAUCUCGCGUCGUCGCGUUUUAUCGUAAUCUGUGUUCGAAACAGUGUCUAGAAAUCAACUUUGCAUGUUAAAUCUUGAUCUUAAAGGAUUUUAAGAAGUCCCAUAUUUUACAACCACUGAGUUCACACUGAUUACACAUACACCAGAAGGUAAUAUAAUAUCCAUUCAUCUCGUAAACAUCAACGAACAUGUUCACAUGUCUGAAUUCAGAAUUUAUGUUAGCUUUUACAAUGAGUCUGUGAUUUGUUUUGUAACUUUCGUCAAUGGAAUCAUGAUUGGAAUCAUGGAAAUUUUAAUUUCUCGACUCAGUGGUUGAUAUUUUUCCUAAUGGAAUUGAUAUUAUGUUGAAGUAUUGUUUUUCGCAUGCUGCCUAGAAUCAUUUAUAAUACCAUAGCCAUUGUCGCUUGUCUUCAUAUUCUACAAGACGAUUGGCAAAAUGAUGUAAUCCUAGUGUUUGAUUGGCCAAUGUAGUCCUAUUGUAAUGUUAUGAUUGGUUAACUUCUCCACUUCUGAACUUUAUGUACACAGCUAGCUUCUGAUUGGCUAGAAUUAGAUGUUUAUACAUCAGAACAACCAAUUGGUGAAGAGUUAUCUUUUGCUAUAUGUAUUAGCGCAAGGAAAUUACAUUUGAUUAGUUGUGUAAUUAACGACUGGAUUGUUCAGUGCUAUUUUUCAUGUUUAGUCUUUGUUUUUUAGUCUUUUCGCAUUAUUAAACUUCUGUUUGCGAACUAAGAAACCAAUAUAUAGUGCACAUUUUAAGAAAUUAAUUUAAUUUUGAAUGUAAAGCAAUUCAUAGUAUUUAAUCUUAUAAUGAUACUUUGAGAAGCUAUUUUGUUCCGAAUUGUUUUGUCUAGUAGACAUUUGUAAUCGUUAAGAAAAAUAAAAAUGGCAUCUUUGUCAACUCCACCAACUACUUGACAUUCUUGUGAAAUAGGGUGUUAAAAAAAAAAAAAUGAUAUCAAAAAGCUUAUUCACAGAAUUUAAUGGAGUUUGUUUAGUUCACAAAAAUGCUCAAUUCAUUGUGAAUGAAGUUAAGGCCAAUUGUAAUUUUGUCUUGGAUGUAUUAAGUCCAUGACUUUUAUCCUAUAUCAAAUAACAUGCAAUCAUUGUAUUAAGUUUUUGUUCACAAGAGCACAGAUAAUGAAGUUUGAGAGGAGUGAUCAUUCACCAGUUUGUUUCAAGAAAUAACAUCUAAUUGUAAGAGUUGCCGUUUUAUUUCUUAAGACUUAUUACACCCAGCUAAUUAAUGGACUGGCUGUCCCCAGAAUUGAUACAAGGGAGAUAACUGUACCAAUUAGUAGUCUAUAUCAUCAAGUCUUGAUUUUGAUGAGUAGAUGAAACUAUCCAUUGUUUUCUAGACCCAAGUUAGAUUUGUUUUGGAUUUGGGACUUGUGAAAGGACGCAUGAUUCCGCUGCAGUACCGCGUCGCAAUGUUUUACUUUUUUGUAUCGUUCACUCGUGUUGCAUAAUAGCUCAGUUAACGUAUUACAAUGGUGCUUUUGUUUAUUUACUUAAUGCAUAUUAUAUUGAUUCCGAGGAGUAGCAUAACAGUUAGUAAAUAAAUGACUGCAUAAGAUUUCAAUUAACAUAGAUUGAAAAACGGAAACAAGAUUUUUCCAAAGAUUUGUGUCUGAUCGAUCCACUUCUUCGGCAAAUAUGAUUUUAAGUUUGGAGUCAGCAGCUAGUUUUUGGUUUUAAAGGAGAGGCAGUGAAUCACUUAAGCAUCGGCCAGUAGAUUUACUUUAUUUAAAGGAUUUUCCACUAGAAGAACUGAAGAAGUGAGAGAGAAAUUAUGAUUCAUAUUGAUGUGUUCCAUUUCACUCGUGACAAGUCCUGAGCAAAUCUAACUCAACAGUAAAAGAAAUUGUGAUAUUUUUUGUAGCAGGGAUAUAGCGUAAACCUUGGCCGUUCGGACGAAACAAUUUCACUUUUUGUUUCAAUAUUGUUAUAAUAUGCCUGAAUUUUUUAAAUUUAUAUUUUAAUUAUGAAAUAAAUGCUCGCGUUGUUGACUAAUAAAAAAUGUCUAAUUAAAUUAUCGCGUUGUGUAUAUUAAUUAUGCAGAUGUGCAUAUUUUGAGAGAAAUGCUAGAAUAUCGCACAUCGAUAUAUGGCCGCGUUUUUUUCCAUAAAGGAAAUUUCCUUUAUUAAUUUUUCGCGAUAUGUGAAUAUUUAUUUUGCGCGGUGUGAUUUAUUUUAGUAUUAUGUAAAUUAGAUAUAAAUGUGAAGUUAUUUUUUGAUAGAUAUUUUUUAUUUUUUAAAGAUUUUUAAAAGUUUUUUUGCUAUUUUGUUUUUAAGGCCAAGGUUACGCUCAAUGUCUCUGAAUAUUUAUUUUUUUAUUUAUUUUUUUUUUCCCCAACUGCUCAAAUGACAUUGUCACCUUUUAUUAAAAGGUGUAGAUUUAAUUCUUGGCCAUCAAAUAAAAAUAAAAAUUGACCCUUGGAAAAUUCUUCCAUUAAAUUAUCAUUGAUAAGAUGCCCUGUUCUCUAAGAUUUUAAAUUUAAUUAUAACUUAAAUUUUCAUUUUGAUGUCAUUGUGAUCUCGAGAUUUUUGUUAUGUAUUGAAAGUUAAUAAGACUUAGGAUCGGAGUUAAAGGAAAUGUUUAUUUAAAAUCAUUACCUUUUUGCCACUGUAAGCUAUAAAUUCAAGCUCCAAUCAAUGAAUUGUAAAUUAAAAUAUCUAUGGCUCCUUUGUUUAAUAAAGAAAAUGUUUAUUUUAAAAAUAAUUCAGUACUUCUUUAUUAUCGACACCAUUUAUAAGAAUAUAUCAUUGUUUGCUGAAUUCAAAACCAUUAUUUUAUUAAUAGCAAUUGUCAACUUAUCUCUGCCUUGAUCAUAUUUUUUAAUGGAAGAAAUUUUCUAAGUGUCUGAUGUUAUUAAAUCACUUUUCUCUAUUUUGUGUACCUGUAAGGUUUCAGGCUUCAUAAUCGAUGGUGGUUGGGACUGAAGCUAUAUUUAUAGCAUUUACGAUUAAUAUCAAAAUAACAAUUUAAAAACUUAUCAUAGCUUUGAUUAUGAAUGUUGUAAAAAUGUUAUAACUAAUCAAAGAAACUAUUUCAUGAUUAAAAAAAACAACACUAUCAUAUAGAUAGUGAAAACAGUUUUCCAAUAAAUGUUAAAAUAUUUUCAUACUUUGUUUCUAAUUCAUUGAUAUAUGGUAAAAUCACGUAACAAUACAAGGUAUUAUUACUUCCUCCGAUAUCACUAUUGUUGUGGCAGGCUGUAAACCAUAAAACAAUCAGUUAUUAGAUGAUAGGUAAAACAUAUUCCAAUAACUGUAAGUCUACUUCAGCUUACAACGCUUAGCUUCUGUCUGGAACCUUACAUGUAAUAUAAAUUGUUUAAAGUGUGAUAAACUAUCGGUGAAUUUGAUAACUGUGAUGCUAAAUAUAUUAAACCCAUCGUCUCAUCGUGGUAUAUUCUCAACUCUUCUGUCUUAUUCUCGACUCAACACCACUAGUGAAUUUAAACAGUUGUAAAACCAAAAACACUUAUCUAAUUUAGAUGGCUUACCUAAAUUUCAUUUCACUUUAGAUGGCCGAUUUCGUAACUUUGUGCGUUACCCUUUCAAUGAAGUCCGCCAAGUCGGUUAGAAGACGGAGACGUAUUUUUUAACAGCGUGUUGUGUCGCUCAUACUGACUCUAGCGAGGUAGGCAAGGUCUUAUUUUCUCACUAAGAUGUUCAUUUAUAUUGUUCAGGCGUUCACAGGGACUGACACGCGACCGUUUAGCAGUAAAAAGUUGCCCAGUAAAAUUGACUGGGAAGCCAUUGGAAUUUCGACAAGGAUUCAAUAGAGUUCCUUAACGUAGAGGCCGAGUGUAAUGAGACCUACGUUCAGAGCUGAACUGGGUUAUAUAAAGAUUGAUAUUUUAUUUUUAUCAGAGGUUUAAAACAGUAGAGUUGAGAAUAUUACAUGAGAAGACAUGUUUUAUUAAGACAUGGAUAUAGGUACAAAUGAAGGGUGAUCUAGUGGGGGAGUAUGUUGUGUGUGUGCGUGCGCAUGUGUGUGCUUUGUUUUUAAUUAUGUUAACCAUAUAUGUUCUUUCUACCAGAAAAACUUUGAGCAGACUUUAAAAAUGUCUUUCAGAUUUUUAAAAUUCAGUUGAAUAAUGAGAAUUUUGUAGAAUACGAGGCCUGCCAUCAUUAGCCCAGUGGGUGUACAACAUUAAACUCCAUUUCAUUCCCAAGAUAAUGGGCUGACCUUCAGUUCAUAUAUUUUUUUUUAAUUUAUUUAAUUGCCCUCCACAUGUCAUUACUUAAAACAACACCUUGUUUAUUCAGUGAAAAAUAAAAAAAGGAAUUUUGAUUGUUCGGAAUAGAAAAUUUAAGCAAACAUGCAUUUAUUAAAGAUGGAUUGUGAAUUGUCACGACUAAAUGAAAAUUAAAAAAAACCCAGCAAAUCGGUCAUCUUGUUAUAAAAGUAAUAUAAUCACGUGUAGAAACAUGUGGAUACUAGUUGAAAAUUUCUGUCUUCGUUAUGUACCGCAUAAAAAAAAAACUGGAAAAACCACCAUAAAAUUCAUCAGCUGAUGCAUAAUUUAUUACUCAACUGUACUUGGCAAUAUUUCUCAGAAAUAUCCGGGUCUCCAACCUUUAUUUGCAUUAUUAAACUGUGUUCUUUGUAUAAAAAUGAAAAUAGCUGGUUAAAUUGACUAUUUUAGACACCACAAUUAUUUAGCUUUAGGACAUCUAGCUAGAAAAUGUUGGCAGGCAAUGUGUUAGAUUGAUGUAUUGAAAUAUUAUAAAAACAUAAAAAUGCAAAAGCCUGAAGCCUAAAACAACUGGGAAUUAACAUAUUUUAACGAUACAUUUAAUGGUGUUGUGAUCCAACAACUUAUAGCAAAGUUAACAAUUUUGCAUUAAAUUAAAUUCCAAGACCGUGACGAAUUAACUUCUAAAUGAAAAUACUGCCGAUGGGUUGAAGAAUCCCUGUACAGUGCAUGCAAGACUGGGUCUAGGUGAUACGCGGUUGGGGAUCAAAUUAAGAAAGUGUAGGUAAUAUUCCCAGAGCUAUGAACUUGAUUUGUUUUGCGUUUAAGUGAGAACUAAAUUUUUAAACUGAGUAACCCGAGUUAGAAAAAUAAAACCUACAAAAACAAGCAAAUAAAUGGAGCUCAAUCAAUUAGACUAUAACUGUUAAUACAAUUUUUGCAUUUAAUUUACAUAUCUCCAUCCUGUCUUUAUUAGCCCAGUCGGUGCAGAAAAGUAGGAUGUUAUACCCCUUAUAAUUUACAUAUCUCUAUGAUCUCCCUGGUGCAACCCAAACCUGCAAUGUCUUCAUUUUCUAGAUAAAAAGAUGACGUGAAUGAGUUUCGUUGUUUAACUCGACUCUACCCUUUAACUAUUUCAGUAUCUUGGAUCAAAGCAAAUUUCUAACAAUCUCAUUUCUUUUAACUAAACAGUAUUCUUUAACUAUUUCAGUUUCUAGAGACACAUCUCAGAUCAAACGAACCAAAUAUGAUUUUUAAAUCUCGUCAAAGUUUAUUUUUAAGGACUGCUCACUGUUUGUAAUUAUGUCUGAAUGUUACAAUGCAACUGCAAUAAAUUGAACUAUGGUCUGUUUUCUUAUUUGUCUUCUACCACUUUCCAAUAUUGUAAAAAAAUACUAGCUGUGCUUUAUUUUACAGGCAUCCUAUGGGUAAUAAAUAAAAUUAUAUUGUUUCUGCUAAA